AUGUCCGUCAUUAAGCUUACCAACAAGUCUCUUCAGCCAGGACAUCUUACAUCGUCCGGCAAAAUUACCUGUAUAUAUCAACCCGGUAAGAAUGAUCAUACUUAUGCUAAAGUCAAAUAUGAAACUAUAGAAGAGCUUGAGAAUAACAUACAAGAUAGACAGCAAGCAGAUGAUAAAACAUCAUCAACGGCAGCAGUUAAUGCAGCCAUUAUGAAAAUCAAGUCAGAGUUAAAAAUUUUAUGUUCACUUCAGGUACCCAUCUCCGACAAAUCAUCUACAAGUACUUUUAAUACUGAAGUCCUUCCUUCACAAUCAUCUGACUAUACAAAUCUUGAACCUUCAUUUGAAUUACCAUUUGACGAUAAUUUCUUUGAAGAAAUCGUUAAUAAUAUUCAAUUACCUUCAACAUUAGACGACGAUUGGCCUGUUGAUUUUCCUAUUGAUUCAAUUGAUCGAUUAUUUUCUACUGAUUCUGAUAUGACAUUUAAAGAACUUACUGAUAUGUCGAUGGAACAAGAACAAGAAUAUUUUCAACAUAUAGGAAUGAACACUGAUGUUCCUAGUACAACACAUGAUGAAACAACAACGUCUACAAUAGAUUCUGUAUCUGAUGAUAAUGAACGUGAUGAUAUUAAUCGACGUGGUUUAAAAAAAAGUGGUGGACCAGUGCGUAAAUUAGCACGAUUUGGUAAUAAACAAGUAAUUAAAUACUCCGAUGAAUAUCAUGAUCGACGAGUGAAAAAUAAUGAUGCUGUUAAAAAAAGUCGAAUGAAAGCCAAAGAAAAACAAAAAGAAACAGAAUGUAAAAUGACAAAAUUAUCUACUGAAAAUCGUACAUUAAGUGAUCGAGUAGAUUUAUUAAUGAAAGAGUUACAGGUUUUAAAAUCACUUUACAAAGAACUCAAUCAAGAUCUACCUACUUCAGCUGUUCAAGCGCUUGAACGAGUUAAUGUACGUUAA